AUGUCAACCGAUCUAUCUGAAUUUAAUCAGUUAACAUUGAAAGACACUUCUCAUCAUUAUUCAAAAUAUAAAUUAAAAACACCAUUAUUAACAGAAAAUCAAAUUGAACGACGUCAUCGUUUAUUACUUGAACAAAAACAUCGACGAGAUGAAAAAUUUUUACAAGUACGUGAUUUGUUGGUUGUCGAUGAAUUAUCUUCAAUGGAUAGUGAAAAUAGCAGUAAUAAUAAAAUAUUAAAAAAACAUUUUCCACCUCGUCGUUCUAGAAAUCACAUACAUCGUGUCGCAUGUCCAAUUGGUUUAAUGUUAGCGGAAUGGUUAUUAGAUGUGCCUGAUGAUUUAUUUACAUCAAAAUGGUAUCUUCUCUCAUGUCCUCGAGGUCAACGAUGUUUAGUUGUUACAUAUUGUGGACAAACGUAUGUAUUUAAUAAAAAUGGACAUUUUAUUUGUAAACAUUCUUCGGCAUUACCAGGUGGUUCAAAACAAAGUCAACAUCAAGCAUUAACAAUAUUAUGUUGCAUUUACAAUAGUAAAACAGAAGUAUAUUAUAUUUUGGAUUUAUUAAUUUGGAAUUCAGUACAGUAUAUACAUUCUGAAUGUCAAUGUCGAUUUUUUAUUCUUAAAUCACAAUAUGAAGAAAAUAAGCAACAAUUAACCACCGUAGAUGACAUUAACAAUCCAUAUGCAUUUCAGGUAAAUUCUAAUCAGUUUAUGAAUGAAUUUUAG